UUUAAAAGUAAAAUCUUAAGUUUAUAUUAGACAUUUACCAUUGGACAUAUAUGUCAUCUUUCUUAUCAGGUAUGCAAAUAAAAUGGUAGAUUGAGGCAGAAGGUUGGGUCAAUGAUCUGGGAUAUUCCUCUUUCUUGUUUAUAUGACAUACUGAGGCUAAAUGUUAGGAUUUGGAAAAAUAGCCUAUACACCAUUCUCUUUUUCCGAGACUAAGCUUUUCAUUCACAAGGGGUAUUAAGACAUCAUAAAUGGAAGUAGAGGAUUUUCACUUAGAAUAAGUGAUUAUUAUACUUGUUUUAGUUGGCCCUCUUCCAUCGCCAUGCUAUUUCUAUGGAUCAUUGCUUGUUACAGAGAUCUCUUGUUUUCCCUUUUGAUAAAGACAAGGGACAAACUAUGGUUUGGACAAAUGAGAAGCACAACUCUUAUCUUGAUUUCUUAGAAGAACCAUUUGUUAAGCAGUUGCAUUAUUCUAGGAGUUUGCAUGGCUGUCAUCCACAAGUGGGAAUGUGGAAGCAAUGUCCAUUCCCACAACAGUCAGAAGAAGGACAUAAUUCUUCUCAUCAGUUUUCGAUACUACAAGAUGACUGUGGCCAGAAGAUGAACUAUAAGAGUAAUGACCUUCUCUUGGAAAGCACGGUUGAAUCUGGUUCUGUGGUGGAAAGUCCAAGGUUACAUAAUUUUACAUCUGCAGGUAAAAGCAUCGUAACAACAUUUUCUGUUCCAAGAGAAAUUAUGGUUCCCAAUAAUGGAAUCAACUUGAGAAGUAAUAAAAACUUUUCUUGUAAAUCAACAGUAAACUCAGAGCAGAAUCCCAUCACUGAUUCAUGCAAUCACAGCUUGCGAAGCUGCACUGCUGGAAAAUCUACUUAA